UUAUUUCUUAGAUAAAUACAUACGUUUAAUAGGACUACCAGAUAAAUAAGAAAGAAACACAUUACAACGCUGCAAAACUAAUUCUUAAAAGAGACUCUUGUGUUGUACGUCCAUUAGUAUCGCUGUUGUUUAUAUAUUACCGGCAUUUAAGCAAACAUGUACAUACAUAUGUACAAGUAUAAUGUCGUGAAAGUUUCACUGCGGAUGCACAAAGAAAAUUGCUAAACAUGAUGACCAUGCUCGAUUAAAUGAAGAAAUAAUAAUAAUAAAUGAGUAAGAAAUAAUAAAUUAAAGACAGAUAGCCAAUGAUACUACUUGCGUGAAUCUUGAAUGAAAUCAAAGGAAAACAAAACGAUACUUCGAAAAACAAAAGUAUAUGUACAUAUGUAUGUAUGUAUAUUCACUUUCUCAAUAAACAUAUUUAUGUGGGUGUGUAGAGGAUGUCAUAUGUCAUGUAGAUAUAUCGAUAUGUGUUUGAUCAAAUUAGUGUUUCUGUGCUUUGGCGACCUCCCCUCAACUAAAUAAGUUCCUGUGGCCUUAUUCAAUAAAUAAACUCAUCAAGAGUUUUAUUAAGCACAAAAUUAAAACGCUUAAAGACGGUACAAGUGUAAAAGUGAGUGAAAAAAGUAUUUGUGUAUGAAACGAUUUAAAGACACUCAUAAAAUAUAAAUAGAAGCAGCAAAACCAGUGUAUCAAAAAUUAAUAAUACAGUAAGUGAAAAAACACAUGUGAAAUAAGAAAAUGUGAAAACUUAAAUUAAUAAUAAAAAUCGGUCGCUACGUAUAUUUAGCUUAUCAGCACAUAACAACAAAAAGAACACUAAAUACCGUAAAACGUGCAUUCGCCGAACGAAAGAAAUAAAAAUAAAAUAACAAAAAAGCAAAAGAAAACAUUGAAGUGUCAUAAAGAUCACAUAAAUAUAUAUAUGAACAUAUAACCUUUCGUACAUAUAUAAAGCCGAAACAAAUACAAUAUACCAAUAGUUUGGUACAGUGUUUUAAUUCCUCUUCGUCACGCACAGUGGUACACAGUCGAUGAAACUCUGAUUGCAGAGUAAUGUGACUGAGUAUUUUCGAAUAUAUCGCGUGAAUAACCGUUAAAAAUCAACACCUGAUCAAAUAUAUUAUAUUCCAUAUUUUUUGUACAAUUUGACGAUUUGCCGCCGCAAACGCCGCGCUUGUAUCCAUCACGUUGUUGCAUAUACAAAUGAGUAGCAAAAACAAAAACAUAACCAUUACAGUUAAGACACUACCACACUACAAAGAACAACUACAGCAAUUACAACAACGCAUCGAAGAGUUGAGCUUCAUCAACAUACGACGUGCGAUCUUCACCUUCAAGCGUCUCAAUCACAACCCGGACAGCAACCGCCGCGGUGGGAUUAUAAUAGACAAAAGACGGAAAAACUUAACAAGUUCCACAAACGCAACAGCAGCAGCGAUAGCAACAUUGUAUGACAGUAAACGGUGCCAACAACACUAACUAAACCAGAAACACCAGCAAAACAGCUGAGUUGAAAGAGUAAACAUUUCGUGCAGAGUUAAACAAAGCAACCGGCAGUAGCUGGAUUGCAGUUGACAGCUGCAGCAGAGCAAAGCAAAGAGAAAUCGGUGCUACGGUGCAACGGUGCAGCGGAGCAAGGUGUUUCAACACAAACCAGUUUGAAAAGCAGCGACGCAUGGUUUCGAUUGUUACCGAAUUCUCAACUAACUUAGACGAGGAGGAGGGGAAGAUCAAAAGAAAGACGGUGAAAGAGUGCCAAUGAAAAGAAUUCAUACAAGGCGAAGGUGUGGAAAUUAGUAUAAAUAAAACAAAAAAAUAUUGUGCGAAAAAGAGCGUAUCAUUAAACAGCUAGCACGAGAGGUACAUACAUUGUAGCGAAACACCGUUUAUAUUAGUUUACCGUAGCGAGCCCAAUCGUGUGAGGUAAAAAAGCUGUUGUAACGGUUGAUUGCAAUCGAAAAGCAUUCGUAACUACCAUAAAAGUGGACGAAUAGCUGUGAUUGAGCAGAGCAGUUCGUAAAUUGCAACGAAGUUAAAAAUAGAAGUCCAUUAAUAACUCGUCAAUGAAAACAAUAACUAAAUAAUUUAUACAAAAGCAUAAAAGUCGCGCCCUAUUUGACUCUAAUAGCGAAGCUACGGCCCCAGAUUGCACCAGUAUUGCAUGUCUACAGAAACGACAGCUGAACUAAGUAAGGUUACCGAAUAACCUAAAGUUGAACAAACGGAGAAAUCUAAUUGUGUGUGAACACAGAAAUAAUAAACAAACAAAAAGAGUUCUCCAAAUCCACUCUUUCGUGACAACACGGUACGGCAGCGUGCGUACCGUUCCCUCAGCAGCGAGAAGGCUCGUUAGAUCUGGCCUUCGUUACGGCGUGCAGCUGUUCAGAUCAUCAGUUUAAGAGUUGCUCCACCUGAACCUGAUUCGCCGCCAGUUGUAGCAAGUUGCUGUGUAUGUUGAAUGUGUACAUUGACGGCUGAUUCCAAUACAAUCGCACGUGUCGACAUUAUAGCCUUUGUUUUGAAAACUGAACGAUUUCGGUUUCCCCUUCUCAUUUUCUCAAUGUUUGAGUUCUGUGCAGAUAUGGGACAAAUUGGCCAAGAUUGUUCCAAUCAAGAUUACAAUAUGGAAGAUUUGGAGUUGGAUCAGGUCACGCAGGUGAUUAAUUAUCAUCCGCGUUUCCUCGAUCAUUUUCUACGAACACAAAACUUCAUUAUGGACGGCGAUGGGCCACUGCCAUAUGAUUACCGUUAUUAUCUGGCCAUAAUUGCUGCAGCCCGGCAUCAAUGCCCAUACCUUGUGAAAAUGUAUGAGAAGAAGUUCAUCAAUCAGGGUGGCAAGGUCGAGUGGCUGAAUGGCUUAGAUUACAUCCCAUCAAAAUUACGUGCCAUAUAUGAUAUAAAUAAAAUACUAGCCCAUCGACCGUGGCUGCUACGCAAAGAACACAUCGAGGGUCUAACGAAAGGCAAAAACAGCUGGUCGCUGUCCGAAGUGGUGCAUGCAAUGGUUCUGCUCUCGCAUUUUCAUUCGCUAUCCUCCUUUGUAUUCUCCUGCGGUCUCACACAAAAACUAGAUGGUCUGUCUAGUCCUAAAUUAAAGACUGCUCCGGCACUAUUGUCUGCCGCCCAGCAGCAAUUGUCGACGAACCAACCGCUACCACCGUUGCAACAACAAAUACCACAACAACAGAAGGCUGUCCUAAGUGAGAUAACAAUCAACAACAACAACAACGUACUAGAUCAUAGUAAUCAUCAGUUGUACAAUAAUAACGUGCCAAAUAUAAGCGGCAGCCCAUCUAUGCCCACUGACAUCACCACACAUGGUGCAACCAGCAAUGGUGUUGCUAAACAUACUCCUUCCGGCUCGCCCCAACCGAAUGUGCCGGUAGAGGCGCUGGUGGAACGCAUGAAAGAGCUCUCACAAAAACAUGACGAGUGCAGCGAAGCAGAACUGAGUAACCGUUUUAAAAGCGUUGAGAUGCAAACCGCCGAACUACCUGCAGCCGCUCUCGAAGCCGCCAUCAAAGUACCUCCAAUUAUCUCACACUACAUCGAGGAUCCCACCUUCACAUAUCAGGAUUUUGCGCGUCGUGGUGCCGAAAAUAUACCCUCCACCUUCCGUGUUCAAGACUACUCGUGGGACGAUCACGGCUACUCGUUGGUUAAUGGUCUGUACAGCGAUGUUGGUACUCUUUUGGAUCAAAAAUUUCGUGCCGCCUACAAUCUGACGUACUUCACCAUGGGCGGCUACCGCAAUGUGGACACGUCGAAAUUCCGUCGGGCCAUAUGGAAUUACAUCCAGUGCAUCUACGGUAUACGCCAUGACGAUUACGAUUACGGUGAAGUGAAUCAGUUAUUGGAUCGUCCUUUAAAAAUGUUCAUAAAAACAGCCUGCUGCUUCCCAGAAAGGAUUACCACAAAGGACUACGACAGUAUACUUGUCGAACUGCAAGACAGUGAAAAGGUUCAUGUUAAUUUGAUGAUAAUGGAGGCCCGCAACCAGGCCGAACUGCUUUACGCGUUGCGUGAAAUAAUGCGCUAUAUGACAUGAUCUCAUUGUGAUUAAGCAUACAAACACAUACACACACCAAUAGAGAGAAGAAAACAAACAUAAUUCUUAUGAUUAAAUACAUAUAUACUAUAAAUAUACACAUACGCAUACAUAAAUAUAUACAUAUAUACAUAUACAUUUUAUAUGCAAGAAACACAAAGAAAGCACUAAUACUAUAUAAAGGGAAACAAAUGAUUAACCAAAAAUUAUACCAAUUAAAUUUCGGUAAAGAUAUGCGAGAGAAGGGAACACUUUGGUCAAGAUUAAAAUGUAAACACAUCACUGCGUCACUGCGCCGAAAACAAUGAAAAGCAUCUAGCCCUUUGAAGCACACA